CAAACCUGUCAAUGUUAAAAACAGGCCCGACCCGUUUACGCCUGUUCGCACUCUAGCUCUUGAUGAUAUCCGAAAAGCCGUAACAUACGACCUUAACUUAGGGUUUAUCUCGAUCUGCUUCACCUCAAUUCGUCAUCCCCGGCAUGUCUUCAACGGCGUUCAGCUCUGAUUCAGAGAUGGUUCCAGGCCUGAAUUAUGAACCUGCUGUUUACUGUAAAUGUGGGUUAAAAUCUCCGUUAUAUAAAUCAAGUGAGAAAGGCGGGCACUUCUACGGAUGCCAGCGUUGGAAAGAAGGAGGAUGUGGUUUUUUUACUUGGAACAAAGUAGGUGAAAAUAAUGAGGAUUCUGAAUCAGACUUCCAAGAAGUCAAAGAAUUGCUUCUUCAGUUGAGAGAAGAAAUAAGAUCCCUUGGUCGCGAAAUAGCUGAAAGUGCAGAAAAGAGAAAGUAUAACACACUAGCUACCAUUGCAGUCAUGAUAGUUGUGGUAGCAACAACUAUCAUGAAAUUUGUGCUAGAUGGAAGUAAAUGAUAGCCAUGGUAGGUAUAGUUUGUGAGGAAAUGGUAUGUUAAUUGUAGUUGGUCGUCUAGAAUUUGCAGCAAUGUGUAAGACAAUAUGUCUAUUAUGUUAUCAUCUUAAAUUUGAAUGCGUGAAUUUGAUGGUGUUCAAAGCCUCGUUUAUAUACGUUUGUAGUUUUAUUUGUGAAAUUUUAUUUAUGUGUCCUGGAAGUCGUAUUUGUAUAAGCUUGAAGCUUAGAUCAUGAAAGGUAAUAGUUUUUGGAAAAUGAAAA